GCUACUCGCACUCUCCCCGGCUGCUUGGCCAGUGGGUCGAGGCGCAUGGGCCUCCUCCGAAGCGGGCACCCAUGCGCUCGCGCCAUGGCCCGCCUGGGCGCUGUGCGUUCGCACUACUGCGCGCUGCUGCUCGCCGCGGCGCUUGCUGUCUGUGCGUUCUACUACCUGGGCUCGGGCCGGGAGACCUUCUCCAGCGCCACCAAGAGGCUGAAGGAGGCCCGCGCUGGAGUCCCCGCCGCGCCCUCGCCGCCCUCGCCGGAACUGGCGCGGGGCUCCGUGGCGCCUGCUCCUGGCGCCAAGGCCAAGAGCCUAGAGGUCGGCGGGGCUGGGCCGGUGGAUUACCACCUGCUGAUGAUGUUCACCAAGGCGGAGCACAACGCCGCGCUGCAGGCCAAGGCGCGCGUCGCGUUGCGCUCGCUACUGCGCCUCGCCAAGUUCGAGGCGCACGAGGUGCUUAACCUGCACUUUGUGAGCGAGGAGGCCAGCCGCGAGGUGGCCAAGGUCCUGCUGCGAGAGCUCCUGCCGCCCGCCGCCGGCUUCAAGUGCAAGGUCAUCUUCCAUGAUGUCGCCGUGCUGACGGACAAGCUCUUCCCUGUUGUGGAGGCCAUGCAGAAGCACUUCAGCGCUGGUUCGGGGACCUACUACAGCGACUCCAUCUUCUUCCUCUCAGUCGCCAUGCAUCAGAUCAUGCCCAAAGAGAUCCUGCGCAUAAUUCAGCUGGACCUAGACCUGAAGUAUAAGACCAACAUCCGCGAGCUGUUUGAGGAGUUUGACAACUUCCUGCCGGCCGCUGUCAUCGGCAUAGCCAGGGAGAUGCAGCCGGUGUACAGGCACACAUUCUGGCAGUUUCGCCACGAGAACCCCAAGACCAGGGUUGGGGGCCCUCCCCCUGAGGGGCUCCCCGGUUUCAACAGUGGGUUUAACCUGGAGGCCAUGCGCCAGUCCUCGCUGUACGGCCGCCUACUGGAGCCAGCGAAGGUGCAACAACUAGCUGACAAGUACCACUUCCGCGGCCACCUCGGGGACCAGGACUUCUUCACUAUGAUCGGCAUGGAGCACCCCGAGCUCUUCCAUGUGCUCGACUGCACCUGGAACCGGCAGCUUUGCACCUGGUGGAGGGACCACGGCUACAGCGACAUCUUUGAGGCCUACUUCCGGUGUGAGGGCCACGUCAAGAUCUAUCAUGGGAACUGUAACACCCCGAUCCCGGAAGACUAGGAAUAGGCUCACCUGCCGCACCUCCAGGGCCUCUGGAUCUGCAGCCAGGGAAGAGGCUCCCGGGGAUGGGCCCCGGGAUGGCAGAACUCCUAGAGAGAUGCUGCAGGGGCGUCCUCUGACCGAAGUGCUGUGCAUCUCCUGCCCAGUGGCCACGUCUGAGGCCACCUGGUGAGGACUGGCCUCUGCCUUGUCGGUGCUCAGGACCUUUUCCCUCCAUGGGCCAGGCGUCAUGAAAGACAAACACAGGAACAUCUCCCGAAGGCCUUUAAGCCUUUAAGCAAGCGCUGAAAGAAAAGGCAGGAAAGAAAAAUGGUGCCCUUUUUUCCAGCCCCAAAGGAAAGGAAGUCCUUUCAAGAACAGGCCUCUCUUGGGCCAAUUAUAAAUGUAAUUUAAAUUGACAGGCUUCCAUUUUGUGAGAAAGAACAAACCACAUUGCUUCAGAGCCCAGCGAGCUCUAAACGUAUGAGCCAGGGCUUCCACAACCAGCCAAGAGUCUGAGCAUGUAGACGAAGUCUGGCUGCUCGUCCUCACCUCCAGGAGGCUGUGCACUUAUCCUUGGGGUGCUCGCAUGGCUUGGGGUAGCUCUAAAGAUCACCACCUCUUUGGGGGAGGCCUUUGGGACCAGUAGGGGACCCACAUAAGGAAACUGGUCUCUUUGGUGUAUCCCUGAUUCGCCCAAGCCAGCUCCAGGUGGCCAGAGUGUUCUCAGAAACCAAAUCUGCCAUCGAAGAACAGCGAUCGGCCAUCUCCAACGGCAUACGAUGGGAUGUCUGCGGUGAACGACUCCUUCUGCAGGGAGCCCAGCGAUUCUGUAGCGCAGCUGUGUACGUAGGAAAGGGGGUCGCUCCUAGGGUUAUAUGCAUUCCAGUAUCUUU